UUACAAUUUUCGUUUUCAAUAAAAUAAUUACAAUGGCAGACCAGGGAGAGAAAAGGAGACGGCGCUCCAGUAGUAGCAGCAGUUCAAGCUCGUCAGGUUCAAGUACCAGUGGUAGUAGCAGUAAUGACAGUGGGUCAGAGUCAGAUUCUCGUUCACACUCUCGACGCGAGGACGACAGCCCUGCACCUGGACCCCUACCUCCCACUGCAGCUGGUGAAGAUGACGAUGUCAUUGGUCCAAUGCCUGUUUUGGCCGGCAGAGCAAAGAAGAAGAAAGUUCUACAGUACGAGAAGCUGUUCCUGGAUAACAUCCCUAGCUCAGAAGCGUAUGAGAGGAGUUUCAUGCAUCGAGAUGUGGUGACGCAUGUUGUGUUCACGCAGACCGAUUUUCUGAUCACGGCCAGUUCUGAUGGCCAUGUCAAAUUCUGGAAGAAAGAAGAGGAGGGCGUUGAGUUUGUCAAGCAUUUCCGCGCUCACCUUGGUGCCGUGACCGAUGUCUCAGUAAGCAGCAAUGGACUGCUGUUUGCCAGUGCUGCGGAUGACAAGUCACUGAAAGUGUUUGACGUCGUGAAUUUUGAUAUGAUCAACAUGAUGUCACUAACGUUUGUGCCAGGGUGCUGCUGUUGGAUCUACGCACAUGGCCAAGCCAUCUCAGCUAUUGCUGUAGCGGAGAAAGAUUCCCCGGAUAUCCAUAUCUAUGAUGGCCAUAGCUCUACGUCGGAGAUUCACUGUCUGAAAAAACUACACAUGGCACCUUGCACGUUCAUUGCUUAUAAUGCAAAGUACGACACAGUGGUCAGUGGAGAUGGCAUGGGUAUCAUUGAAUACUGGACUGGACCCUCGCAGCAGUACAAGUUCCCAGAGAGCGUCAGCUUUGAGUCGAAAAUGGACACCGAUCUCUAUGAGUUUGCCAAGAAAAAGACGGUUGCACACUCGAUAUCCUUCUCACCCAAUGGAGAGCUGUUUGCUGCAAUGUCUGCAGACCGCAUGGUGCGAGUGUAUCGCUUCAGCACUGGCAAGCUGUACAGGGUGUUUGAUGAGACACUGCACAUGUACGCCGAGCUUCAACAGGCUAAUCCGGUACUGCCCAGUAUGGACUAUGGUCGGCGCAUUGCUAUGGAGAGAGAGUUGGAGAAAGCUGGACUUCUGCAUCUCGUUCGUUGCUCUUUCGACGAGAGCGGCUCGUUUCUCAUCUACCCGUGUGUUCUGGGCAUUAAAGUCGUCAACAUUGUCACGAAUAAGUGCGCACGGAUUGUUGGCAAGCAAGAGAAUAUUCGAAUCCUGUGCAUGGCACUGUAUCAGGGAUCGCCGGUCAAGUCCAAGGCAACCCUUACUCUGGAAAUGAGAGCGUCUGACAAUCCCAUGCUGUUGCAGCAAUCAGUCGAUCCCACCAUCGUCUGCACUGCCUUCAAGAAGAACCGCUUCUAUCUGUUCACAAAUCGCGAGCCAGAAGAUACAAAGGGUGCUGAGAACGAGCGUGAUGUGUUCAACGAGAAACCAUCCAGAGAAGAACAGCUGGCAGCAACACAGGGUACUGGAGAGAAGCGACUUUCAGAACAGGCAGUGCUCCACACGACAGCAGGGGAUAUUUUCAUCAAGCUCUUUGCACAAGAGUGCCCGAAGACUGUGGAGAACUUCUGUGUGCACAGCUUGAACGGGUACUACAACGGCCACAUCUUCCAUCGUGUCAUCAAGUCGUUCAUGAUCCAGACCGGCGAUCCCACUGCCACUGGUUCUGGUGGAGAGUCUAUUUGGGGUGGUGAGUUUGAGGACGAGUUUCAUGCAAAGCUUCGCCAUGAUCGCCCGUACACUGUGAGCAUGGCCAACGCUGGACCACACACCAAUGGCUCGCAGUUCUUCAUCACAGUAGUAUCUACGCCAUGGCUGGACAACAAACACACAGUGUUUGGUCGUGUUACCAGAGGCAUGGAGGCUGUCCAGAGCAUCAGUCAAGUGAAGACACACCCAAAGACGGACAAGCCGUACGAAGACAUCAAAAUCGUCAGUGUCACUAUCAAAUGAUUGCAUCAGCGUGGUGUGUUGACUACUCAAACUACUACUGUUGCUGCUCCUACUACUGCUGCUGCUGCUUUCACUGCCGCUUCCAUCACUGCUGUACUGUUUCUAGCUGGACUGAUACAGUAUCACACUUUGCCUCAAUGUUGAUUGGUUAAUCAACCAAACAAGGCUUGCCUUGGCCUCAAUGCAGUAGCCGGCCUGAUACAGUAUCACACAUUGCCUCACAGCAGCAGUAGCUGGACUGGUUACCGCAGAUGGUCCUCUUUGUCUGGUUUCCAUAGCGGCAGUCAUACUCUCAUAGUGUUGUACAUAGCCAGGAACUGUCUUCCUUGCCUUCUCUGUAUAUAGCGUUCUCGUCAUGCUGUGUGCGUGCGUGUGUGUGUGUGUGUGUGUGUGUGUCCUUUAGUAUGUGUUCUUUGUACCUUGUCCUUGUGAACUCUUCUUUUCAAGUGGUGAAGAUCUAAUGAUGUGCAAUAUAGUUUUUAGACAUUUUUGUAUUCUUUGAUCUCUAGGAUACCGCAUCCCUCUGGAUUCUCGCCAGUUUUUGAUUCGCUCUGACCAUUUAAAUAAAUCCUGUCAAACACGAGAA